AUGGGUCUCUAUGCCGACAAUGCGCCAAAUCUGGCGGCUGCCGUUAUCACCAUUGGUCUUCUGGGAUACAUCUGCUACAUACUGCGAGUUAUAUGCAGAGUCCGCUACUCAUCAUGGGGGCUCGAAGACUGGGCCAUGACUAUCGCCAUGUUCCCAUUCACCGUGUUGACAGUAGCAUGCAUCGCAUGUGCAUUUACUGGCAUCGGGGCUACGAACCGUACCUUGGCUCUACCAGGAAAUGAGGGGUACGAAAAGCGCGGACUCUUUUGGUUCUUCCUUUUUGAGGUCUUCUACUGUGCUUCAGUUAUACCUGUCAAGAUGAGCAUUAGUCUCAUGUUGAUCCGGAUCGCCCAGAACCGAAAAUCAUUCAUAUGGAUGCAAUACGUCAUCAUAGGCAUGUUCACUAUAAUGAACCUGAUAGCCAUGAUGUAUAUCAUACUCCAGUGUAACCCGGUUGCUGCUGCUUGGGACACAAGUCUGCUCCAGAACGGCGGCAAAUGCAACGACAUGAAGAUUUUGGCUGAUAUCUACUACGCUACUACAGCAGUCAACAUCCUCACGGACUGGGUCACCGCCUUCAUGCCCAUCCUUCUGCUCUGGAAGGUGAAUAUGAACCGGAACUCUAAAAUAUCCGUUUCGUUCGUGCUGGGCCUGGGAUUCUUUGCUUCCCUCAGCGCAUGUAUACGCCUGAAGUACACCGUCGGCCUCACAGACGCCGAGAACUACUUGUUCGCAGUUAGUGACAUAGUCAUCUGGGGAUAUGCCGAGAACGGUCUUGGUGUGGCGGUGGGUAGCAUGGCGACCCUUAAGCCGUUAUUCCGAAGGGUAUUUGGUCUCAGCAAUGCGGACAGCGGGCCCGGCACGAAUACGUGGGGCGGGAGGAGCAGGAAAUACGCAUUUCCGCUCGACUCUCGCCGCACCUACGCCGAGGAGGACGGAUUCGAACUACCUUCCACGUCGACACCCCGUCCCGGUAAACACGGGGCUACUGGCGUAACAACGCAGGUCGGCGCCAGUCACGACAAGGACAGCUUGAGCCUGUCCGAUAGUGAGAGCCAGCGGAAGAUAAUGGGCGAAGGUCACGAGAGGAACAUUUAUGUUAGUCGGCAGGUCAACAUUACACACGAUGGAUAG